UGGUCAAGAAUCUUGUUUUCUACAGUUUUGUACCCAAGUAUUCAAAGCCAUGAAGUCUUCUGUACUGCUGUCCGUGGUCCUGAUGGUCGCCUUCCUGCUCACUGUAAGCGAAUGUGUGAAGGAUGAAGAACCGGAAGUCAGAGAUCUAGAAGCACACUCUUCCGAAACCAACGUCUUAUCAAAAAGACGCAUUUGCCAUCGAUUCCCUAAAAGGGUGUCCUUCUACGUUCGAUUGACUCGUCCUCUCACGAACUUAAGAAAAAAUGAUGUCAUUAGCUUUGACAACGUGGUAUCUGACAGGUACCACACCUACAAUAACGGAACUGGAAAAUUCGUCUGCCCUAGCUCUGGUCAAUACGUCUUCACUUGGACUUUGAUGACUCAUCACAAAAGAUGGGUUGUUUCAGAUUUGGUUGUUGGGGGUGAGGUCAAAGGAAAAUUGACCGUGGACAGCGAUGAAAAUUAUGAAUCUGGGUCAACAACUAUCGUGACGUACGUUCGUCGAGGGGCAACUGUAUACGUCAGAAAUAUCGGCGGUGAUGGUAAAUUGGAGGCUGGGGUGAGCAGCUUUGCGGGAUGGAGAUUAUCUAGAAAGUAGCAGGACGAUGGAUACUGCCACGGCUACUACUGGUAUUUGUGCAACCAGCAAUUACUAACAUUUUCAAAUCUAAAACUCUAUUCUUAUUAUCCAGUUCUCAUACUUUUCACUUUGUAAUAAACUUUCUUGUCGUCAGUUGCUAGUUUGAAAUAUUAAUAAAUAUAAAACAUGAAAUUC